AUGUCAUCCGAUGACGAGACAGAGGAGGAAAACACGGGCCCACAAAUAGUCAUGGCAGAACGUCCGAAUCUCAAGCCGCCGGCACCUCUUGCUCUAACGGGGAAUAUUUCGGCGAAUUGGAGGCGAUGGAAGCAGAAAUUUACGAUAUUUCUAACGGCAUCACGGAUAACGGAGGAACCUAUCAAGGUCGCUCUUCUUCUCCACUCAAUCGGAGAUGAAGGACUGGAAGUUUUCAAUUCAUUUGGAUUACCUGAUGAUGUCGAAUACGCCCCGCUUAUUAAAAAAUUCGAGGAAUAUUGCACGCCUCAGAAGAAUGUAACAUUUGAACGCCAUAGAUUCAAUUCAAGGAUACAGCAGGAAGGCGAGUCCUUUGACUGUUUCCUCACGGAUAUAAAAAUAAAAGCCAAGGACUGUGAAUUUGACACUCUAAGAGACUCCUUAAUAAAGGAUCGCAUUGUAUUUGGCAUACGAAUGGAUCGCACGAGAGAACGUCUGCUUAGGGAGAAGGAACUCACCCUCACCAAGGCGAUAGAUAUAUGCCGAGCAGCUGAGUUAACCAAGAAACAGAUGAGUUCGCUGUCUAACGGACAGCGGCGUGAUGAACAGACUGACAAAACAGUAAAUGCAGUAGGCCGACAAGGAUACAACAAAGCCGCCUCGGGUUAUCAUAACCAAUCAACGUAUGAAGGCAGCGGACCCAAGUGCGGGAAUUGCGGGACUUUUCAUCAACCACGGCAAUGUCCUGCCUAUGGCAAACAAUGCAAGGGUUGCAAAAGGCUAAAUCACUUCAUCCGCUGCUGCAGGUCAACCAAUAAACAAGUCCACAGCGUAGAGGAGGAGGACGAUGACGGUACGUACGAGUCUUUGUUCAUUGGCAGCAUCAAUCAGUUAAAGGGAACAGACGAGUCUGAUGAACAAUGGCUAACGAAACUGAAGAUGGGUCAGCGGCAGGUUUUCGUGAAUUUGAAGAUAGAUACGGGAGCACAGGCCAACGUGCUGCCGUAUGACCUAUUCAAGCGGAUCUGUAACAAACGAGAUCUCAUAAAAACGAAAAUACGGUUAACCACUUACGACGGAACACCGCUACCGGUGGCAGGGAGUUGCAGGAUUCGAUGCAUAUACAAGGAUAACACAUUUUACGAGGAUUUCGUAGUAGUGGACAAACGCAGUGAUCCGGUCCUAGGGCUUCGCACGUCUGUCAAGAUGAAUUUGCUUCAACGUAUCGAUGCGCUUAAUAGGCCUACGUCCGAUAGUGAAUGCAUACUCGACGAAUAUAGGGAUAUAUUCGAAGGUCUUGGUUGUCUAGAUGUGCCAGAGCAUCAUAUUGAAAUUGAUCCAUCAGUGAAACCAGUGAUUCAUGCGCCGAGGAAAUUUCCCAUUGCAAUGCAGGAUAGAUUCAAAACUCAACUUGAUCGAUUGGUUGGUAUGAAUGUGCUCAAAAAAGUGGAUGAGCCCACUGAUUGGGUAAAUUCAAUUGUGUUAGUUGAAAAAUCAGAUAAAUCGCUACGUAUUUGUUUAGAUCCGAAAGAUUUAAACACUGCUGUGAAACGGGAGCAUUUUCCAUUGAUCACAUUGGAUGAAAUUAGCACUAAACUCGCUGGGGCGAAGUACUUUACUGUUCUUGACGCGUCCAAUGGAUUCUGGCAACAAAAGUUGGAUACGGAAAGUUCUAUGCUCACAACAUUCAACACAUGUUUUGGGAGGUAUCGCUUUCUCCGUCUUCCGUUCGGAAUCUCCUCGAGUGCUGAAGUGUUCAAUAAAGCAGUGACGCAAAUUCUGGAAAAUUUGGAGGGAGUCAUCAGCUACAUCGACGAUUUGUUAGUCUGGGGACGCACGAAAGAGGAACACGACGAGCGACUUAGGAAAGUAUUGGAUCGCCUACGGGAGAAGGGGUUAAAGCUCAAUAGACGCAAAUGCAGAGUUGGACUCUCAGAGGUUGUUUACAUAGGAGGAUUACUAAGCGCAGAUGGGGUCAAACCGGACCCGCAGAAAGUGCAAGCAAUCGUGGAUAUGCCUCAACCAGAUUGCAAGGCCGCAUUACGCAGAUUUCUAGGAUUAGUAACAUACUUUGGAAAGUAUUUGCCGAACUUGUCAGACAUUACGUCACCGCUCAGGCAGCUUCUUCCAGAAGAUGCUGAGUGGGCUUGGCUGAAACAGCAGUCCGAUGCUGUAGCGCAAUUAAAAACAAUGUUGACAACAGCACCAACGCUGAAAUUCUAUGAUGUAACAAAACCAGUGACAUUGACAGUUGAUGCAUCUCAGAAAGGACUGGGUGGCGCCAUUUUGCAAGAUGGGACACCGAUAGCUUAUGCGUCAAGGGCAUUAACGCCAACCGAACAGCGUUAUGCUCAGAUUGAAAAAGAAACAUUAGCAGUUGUGUUUGGGUGCGAGCGUUUCCACCAAUUCUUAUAUGCGCGGAAUUUUGACGUCGAAUCAGAUCACAAACCACUUGAGUCAAUUCUUAAGAAACAACUUGGGCAGGCACCGCCCAGAAUUCAGAGAUUUCUACUGAGGUUGCAAAAGUACACUUUCAACUUGCGUUUUGUGCCUGGUAAGGCAAUGUAUGUAGCUGACGCGUUAAGUCGAGCAUACUUGGAGGACUCAGAUCGUGAUAAUGAACUCUCACAGGAAGCCCAAUUACAAGUUCAUGCGCUAGUGUCUAGCUUACCAAUAACCGCAGGAAAAGCUGAUGAGCUAAAACGUGAAAUACAAACUGACUCUGAAUUGCAGACAUUGUAUAAAACUAUAGAAUCAGGUUGGCCGGAAAAUUGUUCUGAAGUUCCAGAUGUCGUGAAACCAUACUGGAACUGUCGCGAUGAACUAUACAUUACUGAAGGAUACAUAUUCAAAGGACACAAAAUUGUGAUUCCGCCAUCAAUGCGCAAAGACAUGCUGCAAAAGAGGGUUUCUUUUCUGCGAGUUGCGAGUUGUGAGUUGGAUUUGCGAGUUGUGAGUUACAUUUGCGAGUUGCGAGUUACAUUUGCGAGUUGCGAGUUGGAUUUGCGAGUUGCGAGUUACAUUUGCGAGUUGCGAGUUGGAUUUGCGAGUUAA